GUAAACGCCUAGUCGAUCUUGAUACAGUUGAUGUGAAUAAGGAUCCUAUGGGAAAGGUUCUUAUGGAUCGUAUGGGAUGGUCUAAAGAGGAUCUCCAUGAUACUUGUAGGAUGGUUACAGAGCGUCUAAUAUCAAAGAUUGGUAAGGGUACUGAGACUCUUACUAAUACUACCUUCAUGCAUAUAGAACCACAUAAUGAUGAUAUUAUGUUGGGGUAUUUACCAAGUGUUAUUCGUCAGACUAGACCAACAUCUAACGAUCACUACUUUGUUUGUGCUACUUCUGGCUUUAACAGCGUAUCUAAUGCACAUAUUCGUAAAAUGAUUAGACGUGCUCGGAAGUUCAUUGCAAAGGAUAGCUUCAGAAAGCUCGUGGAGGAAGGAUACUUCCUACCUAAACCUGAUGGAACAUCAUCAAUUGGUUUUAUGAAUGUUGAUACCCCCUCAGAAGAGCAUUAUCAACUUGCUAGAUCUAGAGAUGUAUGGCAGUAUCUUGAUGGUGUCUCUAGUAGUCAUAAUAAAGAUGGUAAUGACGACGAGGAGAAGUCUGAAGGCAGUGCUAGAAG